AAACGUCUUAUCUUAUCAGUGAACAAUCAUUUAAUAUUUUGCAAUGUAUUCGUUUGUUGUUACAAGUGUUUUGAUAUUUCUGUCAAAUCAUUGCCAACUUUCAAGUGCGGAUGUUUGCUCAUACACCCUAACAAGAGACUGCGCGUUCAUUCCAGACGAUAAAGCAGUUUGUGGAACGGACGGCAUUACAUACAGGAACACAUGCUUCCUUGCUAAAGCAUACUGCGCUGACAACAGCAUACAUAAGGCACAUGACGGAGCAUGCGCAAAGGCGACGACUGCAGCGAUGACGUCACCAAGAACAACAGCUCCAACUAUGACUGCAGCUACAAGUGACCCCCUGUCUGUGAUAUGCGGAGUAAUGGACCAUGUUCACUGUGCAACUGACAUAGAACCCGUGUGUGGAUCUGAUGAUCGUACAUAUGUUAACAGUUGCGAGUUUCACAAAGAAGUUUGUGUGAUGCCUGCCUUAACAGUGAAGCAUAUCGGAUUUUGUUGACCGCGUUGAAAUGAAAUGCAGACAUAAUAAAGCAAAUUCACUUUCCA